AUGGAUUACAAAGUAUGCAGUUACCUCUAUGGCGUUAUCCUGAUCACACUUACAUACUUUGUUUGCCUUAUCUCAUAUCGAAUCUUCUUAAGCCCCCUGGCGAAAUUUCCGGGCCCAACUCUAGCCGCUGCGUCAGGAUGGUAUGAAGCAUAUUUCCAGUUGGUAAAGCAAGGAAGGUUUACAUGGCAAAUCGAAUAUCUUCAUCAAAAAUAUGGGCCAGUGGUUCGCAUCAAGCCUAAUGAAGUGCAUGUCCACGACCCCGACAACUACACGACACUCUAUUCAGGACCGACGCAUAACCGCGAAAAGGAGCGCUGGUUCUACUACACUGGCCUUACCAGUUCCUUAUUCUCUACCGCAGACCACAGAUCGCAUCGGGCGCGGAGAAGUUUGAUCAGUCCAUUCUUUACACGAAAGGCAGUUCGAGAGUUCCAGCCUGUUCUUCAAGAAAAGCUCCAAUCACUGUGUCGUCAUUUCUCCCAGUCAAUAAAUUGCGAUGCAACAUUGGAGCUUCACGCUGCCUUCAUAUCAUUUGCAGGUGAUGCUAUGUCGCAGUACGCCUUUGGAGAGCAACGUGGAUUCCGAUUUCUCGAUGAGCCGGAAUUGACGUCGACUUGGAAGAACGGAGUGAAUGCAAUGUUCGCUAGUGCAAGAUUGGUCAGACAAUUUCCAUUUUUGUAUCCCUUGGGGCACUUGAUACCUUUUCUAUCAUGCUUGGUGUACCCAUCAUUUAGGCGAACAUAUUAUGUAGAAACUGAUCAACAAGACGGUAAACUGGAUGACGAGCAGAAAAAAAGGGCAAUUUACCCUGCAAUGCUGGCUAACGACAAGGUACCACCGAGUGAAAAACAGGCCAAACGCCUUCAAGAAGACGCGACCUUCUUCAUGCUUGCAGCCUCAGAUGCCCCCUCGGAAGCUCUUGCAAUCACCAGCUUUCACAUUCUUGACAAUCCGAAAGUGCUUCGAAGGUUAAAGGAUGAGCUAUUCUCAGCAUUCCCGGAAGUCACAAGCAUUCCAAGUCUAGAUGAAUUAGAGCGUCUCCCUUAUCUAACUGCAGUCCUAAGAGAAGGUUUACGGCUGUCGAACAUUGUUGUUCCCCGGCAGCCCCGGGUGGCGCCAGAUGAGGUCCUGCAAUUCCACAAUUGGAAGAUUCCACCUGGAACACCGGUUAGCAUGACAAUUUAUCAUAUCCUGAGAGAUCCGCGCAUCUUUCCAGAACCGACGAAAUUCAAUCCAGAGCGGUGGCUGAUUGGACCGGAAGAACUUCGAAAGCUGGAAAAAUACCUGGUUCCAUUUUCCAAAGGUGGACUGGGAUGCUUAGGUCCCAAUAUGGCAUGGGCAUGGUUAUACUUGGUUAUUGGCACGAUUUUUCGACGAUUCGACCUUGUUUUGUAUAACACAACAAGGGAAAAUGUUGAGAUGGUGCAAGAUAAUUUUAGCGGACAGACCGCUCAAGGCAUGAAUAAUGUGCAAGUGAAAGUGCGACGGGAAAAUCUCUGA